ACGUUUCUAUUAUCCGUCAAAUGUCACGAUGACGUUUCAAUAUUUACAUCAGGUUCAAGUUCCAAUUAAAUAAAAUAAUAAUGUACUUAUUACGAAACAUAUCAAAACUAAAUUAUUAUCCGCCUCAAAACUUGUGGUUAUUAAGUAGUAAAGCUGUCAAGUUGAAAAACACACCAUCAUGUAUUCCAGUCCUGCCAUCGCGUCUGAAAAACACCCAACCUGAAAACCCAGCCCCCACAAGUGUGAGACAAAAGCUGCAAAAAGCAGUGGCUGAGUACGGCUCAACAGUGAUCGUUUUCCAUGUAGGCAUUUCAUUAGUUUCCUUAGGCGUUUGCUAUGUUUUAGUUUCAAGUGGCUUGGAUGCACCGAAAUUGAUCCAGUCGGUGGGCAUCAGUGGCGAGACUGCGACCAAAGUGGCCACAAACGCUGGAACCUUUGCUGUGGCUUACACAGUCCAUAAGGUCUUCGCCCCUGUGAGAAUGGGGAUCACGUUGACGGCGACACCCUUCAUCGUGCGCUAUCUGAGGCAAAUCGGCCUCCUCAAGCCCCCAAAGUAACAAUUAAGCACAAAUAUCGUCUGCGCAUUCGUUGGAAAGAAGAAUUUAUUAUUGUUACAUAAGUGACAUAUUUUUAUAAAAGUUUAGUAUUAGAUGCUAUAAACUAUAAAUUAUAAUUAACAAUUAAAAUAUCGAAACUUGAA